UUCUGAGUCUUAUUCUAAGAUAUAAAAUAUAAGCUUGUUUGACGGAGCCAUUCCUGUUUGUAAACACUAUUACCAGGAAUGGCUAUACUGAACUUAUUUGCCGGAGCCAUUCCUAUUCGAAAACACUUACCAGGAAAGGCGCCACUGAAAACAUCGAGUAAGACAUAAGAUAUAAGCUUCUUAAAGAUUCUUAGUAUUUUGGAAAUCAGCUUCCAUCUUUUCCGUUUAAAAAUAGAUGCUUCAGAACUCAACGAACCAAAUAACAGUUCAUAAAAUAUUCACAAUUUGAACAGGUUUCUGACAUGAACCAUUUUGAAGACUACAAAACCAACCUUACCUAGCUGCCUUCAAGAUGAAGCGAAGAACGAAAUGGAAACAAGAAAGCUUUAAUAUUCCUUGUUUUUUGUUUCUGUAUUUAAAUUUUCUUUUUCCAGUGUUUUGUUCAUCGAUAAUUUGGGCGUCGAGCGAAGAUAUAUCAAGACCAAAGAGGCUGUUGGGAUAUCGAGAUGCUCGAAGAGUUGAGAAUGAUGAUCUACUCAAGUUAUCGAAAGUUUUACGAUCCGUGAAUGAAGAGGAAGCACCAGCAGUGAAGAGCUUAGAGACAGCUUUACAAUCGAUUGAAGAGGAGAGCACCCUUCAUGAAUCAAGAAAAAGAUCCAAAAUAGCCAAAGUUCUGGCAGAUCUUGAAGAUCAUACAAAAAAAGCUUUAUCAAACAAAAAAAUUAAAAACGGAUCAAAAAUCCGUCAUUUGUGGUCAGAACACAUGCCAAAAAAUAGAAAGGACGGUCGUACCGUUACCAUAGAUACCGUAAAGGGCAAAAAGAAGGUCUUCAUUCCAAAGGGAUGGAUAUUCUGUACGGUAUCACCUCUCCGAUGCUAUUCAAGUAGAAACAGAAAACGUACAGUUACAAAGAGACAUAUCCAAAAUCAUGCGAACGACAAUAUAAAAAAAUCAAAAACCCCUGGACGAAGAUCCUCCAAGCUACACGACAUGAUACAGAUGUUUUAACAAAGCAAUGUACUGUCAAAGCAUAUCUUGGAGUACCUGUGGUGGUACUGCAGCUAAAAGACUGGGUACAAAAACGAUGAUAUGACGUCAUGCACAGUGUAAACUCUUUUGAAACUUGGGCUCGCUGUGUUAGGAGCAUGCACUAUUAAAAAGUAUAUAUACAAUAUGUAAAUUAAGCUGUAUAUAAGAUUAAAUAUCACGAACGAGAAAAUAAAUAUAUUGAUAUGAUCAAUUAUUGAUAUUCACUCUAGAAGUUGAAUUGAAGUCAGUUGUACUAAUAAUAGAGUCGUA